CCGAAGAGUGAGAGCCCGCGAAAAAGACAGAGAAGUCGAAGAAGAAGAAGAAGAAGAAGAAGAAGAAGAAGAAGAAGAAAAGAGGGAAAGUGAAAAAGCACAAGCACUGUUGAUCAAACAAAUCUGAAGCUUCUUCUUCCUUCUAUCAAGUAAAGAUGAGUACCAUGAAGUUUUGCCGUGAAUGUAACAACAUUCUGUACCCAAAAGAAGAUAAGGAACAGAAGAUACUUCUCUACGCAUGUAGAAAUUGUGAGCAUCAGGAAGCUGCUGAAAACAACUGUGUGUAUAGAAAUGAGAUACAUCACUCUGUGGGUGAGCGUACUCAAAUCUUGCAGGAUGUAGCUGCAGAUCCAACUCUUCCACGUACUAAAGCAGUGAGAUGCGCCCUAUGCAAUCACGGCGAGGCAGUUUUCUUCCAGGCAACUGCAAGAGGCGAGGAGGGCAUGACAUUGUUCUUUGUUUGCUGCAACCCUAAUUGUGGUCAUCGUUGGAGAGAUUGAUGGACCGGUGCGCCAAGAGCAACAACUGACAAAAGUUUGAGAAUCUUAGAGAUGAAUAGAUUGCUAGGCUCUCAUGUAUGUUUCUGAAAAAGUUGAUGUUUCGACACUAUUAAUGGUCAAACGUACAGGUAUCGGCUUAAAUACUAAACAUCAGGAGUACUCUUUGGGUUAAGGAUGUAAAUGACUAUUCAAUUCUAGGCUUCACUGUGUCAAACUGUCUUUCAGUGUUCCUACUACUUCAUCCUUUUGCUUUCGAAUAGAUUCAGCCUAAUCAUUUGAGGAUCCA